UCUGCCCGCCAUAUUUGUUGAAAAACGUAAACGGAAAAAAGAGAGCGGCAGUUUUUUCAUAAGUUCUGUUGAUGUACGGUGAGCACUUCUCUUUUCUAAAUAGUUAUGUGAUUUUGUGCAUACUAUUAAAUUUUCUAAUCGAUAUAGCCAGUUAGAAGUUAUAUGCAAUGGCUUUGCCAGCCGAAUCACAAAGGUCUUUUCGACUUUAUGUGACCCAUGUGGAUGGAGAGGGUCCUUUUCUGAAGAUAAGCGGCCAGCUCGACCAACAGUCUUCGUUAAUGGUCGAGAGCCUAUUUGAAUCGGCUCGCGGAAACUUGGAAAAGGGAAUUGGAGCAGUUUCUGUGGCAGCUAUCCAUGAAGGUGUAAUAUGUGCCGCCAAAUACAAAGAUGGAACAUACUACAGGGCGAAGAUCAUAGACAUCACGAAUCUGUCUACCGGUUUAUUGGGCGUCCAUUUUAUAGAUUACGGUAACAAAGACCGUAUUUCUCUCAGUGCUAUUAGAUUUUUGGACAAGUAUGAUCCGAUGUUUCUUCAGCUUCCCGGGCAAGCGACUGACUACUACCUAAGUCGCAUUAUGCAUCCUUCCGGUCGCUGGGACGAGCCGCUGCUGCUCAAGCUUCAGAGCUUGUUGUGUUAUGCAGAAUACCCUGCUGUUGUUGAGGGCCAAACGUGCACACUGCCCAUUAUAUCUAUACAAUACAAGGGAAAUGAUUUCUCAACACAUCUUGUUUCAAAUAGAUUUGGUAUAGCCGCGCCGGUAGCAAAACAAGAAGUGACGAUGCUGCAGCCUAUGGGAACUGACAGGCAACCAGGGCCAAACUGGGCACCAAAUUUCAUAGCUGAUUCAACACCAUAUACUGAACAUGUCCCAUUUCUGAUGAACCAGAACUUCCCAUCAAACCCUGCAUCUGCGAUGAGAUUGCAGCAGAACGCCAGUGUGCCCUUCAAUGGUGCUAUAGUGCCUCCGCCAUCAGCCAUUAGCCAGAGGCUACUAGUCAAUAAGGCAUCAAGAGGCCCAGUGAACCUUAAAGGUCCAAUCAGGCAGCCCCAAGUGGCUCUAAACUCUCCCCCGGUCCAGAUAUCCACUCCACCUCCAGCGGCAGCCCUUAACAAGAGUUUGUCACCCAAAAAGUCUGCCACUUACAAGAGCCGCUUAUUAGAAGUGAAUUCGCAGCACAAAGUGUUUGUGUCAUUCGCAGAAGAAGGACCAGAGCUCUUUGCAGUUGAGCUAGUGACAGACGCUAAGAAACUUCAAGAUAUGAUGGAUGAAAUAAAUAGAAGGCCACACCGUAGCCUUACCGAGCCUCCCAUGAUAGGAACAGUGUGCUUAGGCAGAAUGUCUGGAGACCGAAUUAUUUGCAGGGCUAUAGUCACAAACCUAUCAGGUUCACAAUGCAAGCUGUUCUUUGUAGACUUUGGUGAUACGGAAAUGGUGUCGUACUACGACAUCUUUGACAUCCCAGAAGAGUUUGUCAAGCCAAAUGUAUUUGCUAUGAGAUUCUGCUUAUCGGGUGUGAAGAAAUUACAGAAGGGACCAUAUUUGAAUGAGGCAUUUAAGCAACUUGUGAAUGGAAAAGUGAUGACACUGCGAGUGGUUGCUCCGGAAGGUCCACCGUUAAUACAGUAUGGAGAACUGUACUUAGACAACCAGAAUGUGCUAGACUUGCUGCUAGCCAAUGUUAAAGACAAGCUGCAAUUCAAGUGGAUGGAAAUGCUUGCAUUAGGCAGCAGAGCUUCCGUACUUGUGUCUUAUGUAGACAGCUGCAUCAAAUUCUACGUCCAAUUAUCAGACAAGAUUGACGAUCUGACUGCUGUGAUGGAAGCGGUGAAAGUCCACUGUGAGGGCACCUCAUCCCCUGGAGAGUUACCCGUCGGCACCGCUUGCUGUGCCAGGUUCCCUGAUGAUGAGAAAUGGUACAGGGCCAAGGUUCUAGGGUAUAAUAACAAGAGGGUCCUCGUGGCGUAUGUGGACUACGGCAAUGAGCAAGAAGUUAAUGUUUCGGAUCUGAGAACCAUAACUGCAGAUCUGUUAAAACUGCCAGCACAAGCCAUGAAAUGCGCAUUGAAAGGCUUUGAAAAUAAACCAGUGGAAAGCAAGACCUCGAACCAGCUUGAAAUGCUGGCACUAGAAAAGACGCUGACUGCCAAUGUAGUUGGUGUCCUGUCCAGCGACACCAUGUUGGUAUCUCUGGUGGAUGACACAACCAGCCCGCCUCUGGAUGUGGCUAGGAAGAUGAACCAGCUGUCACAGCCUAGAAGCAAUGUUGAGACUAAACCGACCACGCCAGUAAGCAAAGCGGCCCCGGAACAGUUCAGCUCGCCAGAGAGUGACCACGGCAAAGGGUUCAAGCGAGAAAAGAGCUUCAGAGAAGACCGGCGGCCAAGGGACGAUGACGACUUCGGGCAACGGGGUGGCAGCUUCCGAAACAGAGACAGAGAGCCGUUUGAUCGAUCGGGGCCGGGCCGGCAUAGUGACAAGUUUGGAGGCAGACCCGAUAAGGGAGAAAGACGCGGUAAGCCAUGGGAGAACAGCGCGCCGCCAGCGCCCGCCGGCGACGACUGGGAGGAGUCCCCCGCCGCCGCCGCCGCCGCACCCGCGCCGCGCCCGCACUUCCGCGACAGGGACAACCGCGACAACAGGGACAGAGACAACAGAAGAAAGCCUAGAGCGGACAACGAGAAGGGUCCAAAGCCAGGCUGGAAGCACAAAGACGGCGCCGGGGUCGGCAAGAGGCUCCGGCAGGCCGCCGAGGCUGCGUCGGCGGACGCGCAGAAGGCGGGGGCUAAGGGAUCUAUACAGGACAGGCUGAAACGUGACAAUAAAUUCAACAAGCAAGACGAAUGGGAAGAGAAGAAAGACGACUGGGGCAGCGGCACACAGAGCCGCAACGACCGCUUCGGACAGAACCGGGGCGAGCGGCGAGACUGGGGCGAGAAGAGAGACUGGAACCAGAAGCGGGAGUUCCGAGACAGGGGCGAGAAUAGCCGCGGAGACAGAGGCGAGAAUAAUCGCGGCGACAGAGAUAGAACCAGGAGUAACUUCACACCCCGUGACCGCGCCGAUCGCGCUGACCGCUCCUUCGGCUCUGACUCUGACAAGCGGUCAGAAAGAAGCUUCGGCCGCACCGGAAACAAACCCCGCUCCAAAUUCACCCAAGUACAGUACAAGGAACUCCCCGACCCUGUCCCAUUGGAGUCCCGCUUCGAUGAACCGACCAUCGAAUCCGAAGCGCAACACGAAGUAUCCGUCACCUGGAUAAUAUCCCCGAAGAGCUUCUACACACAACUAAUGUCCCUCCAACCGAAGUUCCUAGAGAUGAUGCAUAAAAUCCCAGAGCUAUACAAAGGCGUCAGAUCUUACUCAGGAAUGGUCCCCGUCGGCGCUUCAGUACUAGCCAGAUACCCCGCCGAUGGAGUCUUGUACCGAGCUACGGUCGUCUCCGCCCAACCGUUCUCCAAAUUCAUAGUCCAGUACAUCGAUUUUGGAAAUAAACAACUAGUGGACGCUAAGGACAUAUGGCAGUUGGAUAGACAACUUUUAGAGCUGCCUAAAAUGGCGAUUCAUUGCUCGCUGAUCGGUGUGGCGCCUACAGAAGGUGAAUGGAAGGCCAAUCCCGAGAUAGACCUGUGUUUCAACGCGCCGCGGUAUCAGUGUGUGUUCCAGGAGUGUGUGGAAGAGCAGUAUCAGGUGUCGCUGUGGAAUAACGGAGCGAGUGUUACGGAUAUGCUGGUGGAGAAACAGUUGGCUGUGCUGUCGGAGCAGCAAUCGUCAGUUGCACUUAAAGACGAGGCAAUAGACCUGACCAUCAUAGUGGGCCAGCAGAUACCAUGCCGCGUGACGCACUUCGAGUCGUACGAGAAGUUCUACGUUCAGCUCGACUUGGAGAAGGCGGAACUGGUCGAGAACGCCAUCGCCAACUUCGACGCUAACUUGUUGACGCCGCUUACACAAGACACUUUAACCGACGGCAUCCAUUGCACAGUGAAGCACGAGGGUAAAAUCUACCGCGCCAUCUUGAACGACACGUCGGACGCAAACAACGUCGUCGCCGUGUUGCCCGACUAUGGCAACACUGUCACCACAUCAUUGGCUAACUUGAUGAUCCUGCCGACGGAACUGAGCGUAUACUACUACCAGUCCCUGGAGUGCUGCCUCAACAACUACACGGCCGAGUCCAACAUCCUGAUGCCGCUCGAGGAGCUGAAGACAACGCUUACUGGGAACAAGUUCAUCGUAUACGUGGACAGCGUUGAGGGGAUCCGCCUGAUGACCACUCUGUACGACAUCAGCACGGGCAAGAAGCUGGCCAUCUUCGAGCCCGACGAGGGCGCCUUCGAGGACGUGGUGACGCUGUGCGCGCGUACCGUGUUCAACUACAACUUCGGCCUGUGCAGCGUGCAGCACCUGCAGAACCUCAACGAGAUCUAUCUGCAGAAGACAGCGGACAUCGACAAGGUGCAGCAGCUGCUGGACAGGCUUUAUGUCUUCUAUGAUGAAGGUACACCCGAACCACUUGAGGAGUUCGAACCCGACACCCCGUGUGCCGUCAAAUCGUCCGACGGCAACUGGUACCGCGCCACCAUCGUCAGCGCCACCGACGCCGACGUCACCGUGCAGUUCCCCGAUUACGGCAACACGGAGACCGUCGCCAAGGACACGGUUAAGAAACUGGACAAGUCGUUCUACGAGCCCUGCGCUCAGGCACUCGUCGCGAGCUUAGGAUUGGUCGCGCUUACCGAUGACGCGGUCACCAAGUUGUCCGAAUGGACUACAGACAAGGAGGUGCAAGUCACGCUCGCCUUCGGCUCCGACGGCUGGCUCGCCAGUCUACACCUGGACGGAGUGGACUUGUCUAUGAAACUGGUCAACGAGAAGCUUGCCACCCCGCAGGUGACUUCCGAAGAAGAGCCGACACCAGAACCCGCGCCGGCCGCCGAGACAGUCGAACCUGUUUCACUACCGCCCGGCUGCACGCAGGUCUACAUAAGCCACAUCGACAGUCCCGGACACUUCUGGCUUCAGAUGGCCGACAAGGUCGACAAGAUCGACGAGAUCCAGGCCGAGCUCGCGGCAGACGCCGACAAGUACGAGGACCUGCAGGCGCGCGAGAUGGGCACGCUGUGCGUCGCCAAGUACUCCGCCGACGACCUCUGGUACCGCGCCGAGGUGCUCGACCUCGACUCCGACAUUACCACCGUGCGCUUCAUCGACUACGGCAACACCGACGUGCUCGGCAACUCCCCCGGGCUCAUCAAGAUUAUGCCGGAGAGCCUGCGCGCCGUAGAGCCGCUCUGCGUGCGCUCCAGCGUCAACGCCGUGCCCACCGGCACCGGCCAGUGGUCGGAGGCGGCCGGCGAGGGCUUCGAGGCGCUCGUCGGCGACACGGCGCAGCCCGUGGACGCGCUCAUCGUGCUGAAGGACGUCACCACGUACGUCGACCUGUUCGUGGCCGGCCGCAACCUCACCGACCAGCUCGUGGCGCAGGGCCACGCCGCCCGCUCCGAGCAGCCCACCGAGUGCGGCGACCUGCCCUCCUGCUUCGCCAGCCACGUCAACUCGCCCUCCGAGUUCUGGGUCCAGCUGGAGUCUGCCACGACGGAGCUGCAGGCGAUGGAGGCGGCCAUGGAGGACGCCGAGAACCUCCCCGAGCUGGCGUCGAAGGAGGAGGGCGUGCUGUGCGCCGCCAAGUACCCCGAGGACGGCGCCUGGUACCGCGCGCAGGUCAUCGUGGACGGCUCCGAGGGCACCGAGGUGCUGUUCAUGGACUACGGCAACGCGUCCAUCGCCACCGAGCUGCGCACCCUCCCGGACGAGCUGAAGCUGAAGCCGGCGCUGUCGCGCAAGUGCGCGCUCCAGAAGCCGAGGGACAUCAAGUCCUGGUCGAGGAAAUCCGAGGUCAAGUUCAACGAGCUGGCCGCCGAGGGCCGCACCAUCUUCAACGUGCAGUUCAUCGCGUCCGGCGACAUCUCCAUCGUGGAGCUGUACCUGGAGGGCAAGUCUGUGACGGAGGAGCUGGUGGGGCUCUGCGAGGAGCAGCCGCCGGCCGAGCGUCCGAAGCCCGUGGGCCAGGACCUGCGCAGCGAGGGAAAGCUGUGCUACGUACACGCGCUGGACGAGUUCUACGUCCACCUCGAGGACAAGACCGCGGAUCUCGACAAGGUGACCGAGAGGAUGGUCGACGUGGACGAGUUCGAGUCGGCGCCUGAGUUGAAGGUGGGCUCGAUCUGCGCCGCCUACUGGGCAGAGGACGAGCAGUGGUAUCGCGGAAAAAUUCUAGAAUUCUGUGACGCGAGCUACCACGUCCAGUUCCUGGAUUACGGCAACAAAGCUAAAUGCCAGGAGUUCCGGCGGCUGCCCGAGGACGUAGCGACGAUCGAGCCCCUCGCCAAGUGCUGCCGACUGGCCGUACCUGACGGGGCCGCCGACGACGACGCCGCGAGAAACAAACUCGACGAGCUCAUGGCUAACGACGCAACAUUCCACAUAGAAUUCCUAGACAGCACUUCGGAGCCGGCGCUCGUCAAACUCAUCCUUAAUGGGGAGGAUGUUAGUACUAUCCUUUUCGCCUCGAGACCCAGUGACACGGAAAAGGCGGUAACCGUACCUGAAACUGUAGCUCCAGAAAGUACUCAAGUUCCGGAGGAGGAGACGGCCUCCACCGAAACGGAUGCGCAACCUAAGGAGACUGUAGAAACUCGUUCUGAGAAUGUAACCUCGUCAGAAACUGAAAAGGAAGAUAAAGAACCGACCCAAUCAGUUACAGAGACGAUAGAAACUGGUUCUGUGAAUGUAACCUCGGAAACUGAAAAGGAAGAUAAAGAACCGACCCAAUCAAUUACAGAGACGGUAGAAACUGGUUCUGUGAAUGUAACCUCGGAAACUGAAAAAGAAGAUAAAGUACCGAGCCAAUCAGUUGUAGAGCCUUCAGAAGUAGAGGAACCUGUUAAAACUCUGGAGGAAGAAGACUUACCCGUAUCAGUUGUAAAGCCUUCUGAACUAGAAAAACCUGUUGAAACACGGGAAGAAGUAGACUUACCCGAAUCAGUUGUAAAGCCUUCUGAACUAGAAAAACCUGUUGAAACACGGGAAGAAGUAGACUUACCCGAAUCAGUUGUAAAGCCUUCAGAAAUAGAAAAACCUGUUGAAACACGGGAAGAAGUAGACUCACCUAAGACGGGCGAAAAGGAAGUGGCCGAAUCAGUAUUAGUAGGUGAUAAUGAAAAGCAAACCGAAGUUUAUACCGAAAAAGAGACUGAGGAUGAAGAUAAAUUUGAGGAUGCCAAUGAGCUGGACUCGUCGCAUCCAGAUCUGGACGAAAGCUUAGAAAGUAAUCACACCGUAAUUGAAAACAAAUCAUUUGAAGCCAACCCGGACAGCUUAAACGACUCUGGUGAUCAUAAACCAGAACAACUAGAAUCUCCUAAACAGGACACUUCAUCAUCAACCCUGGAGAGCUCCAAUGGAACUAUAAAAACUCCAGAAAGAGACAAUUCGAAGGAUUCCAUAAAUACAGAUACUGGCUACACAAGCAGUGAUGGUACCAAAGACGGAUCCCCAAUUAAGGAGUCCUGUAAUGAAUCAACCAAAUUAGAAUCAGAUGUUGGAGAAACAAUUUCUGAACUCAAAACUCAGAAAUUGGUAGCAGAUGUAGAAGUAGGAAAAACAAUAGAACUCGAAAAUGAAUCAAAAGAGAACAAUACUGAACCUAGCGUUAAAUCAAAUGACGUCAGUAAAGUGGAAGAAAUUAAAACUAUCGAUAUUGAUUAACAGAUAUAUUUUGAAAUUAAGUCUUGUACGAUAAAAAUCUCAUUCUUUAAUUGUAAUAUUAAUAAGCGAUGCCUGAUUGUGAUAGAUACUUAGGAAGGGAUUUACUUUUAUAUGUCUCUUUGCUUCAGUGAAAAUGGUAUUAAAGUGUCUAGAGAAGGUUUUUGUAGUAGAUUAUUUAUUGUAGGCGUAUAAAUUGACUUCCAUCAGUCACCACGUACAGUUUCCGUGUUAAAUCGAAACUUCCAGAGACUAGACUGAAUAGCCUUAUCUUCUGUAGUUUUAGAUAAUCUCUCUAAACAUUUUGAUACUUUAUUAAAUUUGUUAUCCUAGAUUUAAGACGUUUACUUGAUUACUUAUGUAACGUGUUUAUUAAAUUUUUUAUUGAUUUGUUACUUUGAAGUGUAAAAGACAACUUUUUUUGUUUAUUUACAAUCCGUUAAGUCCCAGUAAUUUUUUAUCUGUUUGUUUUCCGAUUUGUUUCUUAAGUCAUAGCAUUUACGUAAACGUUUGAAGACUUUGAAGUUUGAUACUGUGACAUUGUAAAUACUCGUAUUUUUCUACGUUCGACGUUGUUUAGUGUUUACUAAGUUAGGUAGGAAUACGAUUAAAAUAUGUUAUUUGUUUAAAUUUGGCACAUCGUGUUAAUAAUACACUUUUCGUACACAUAGUAAGCAAUAUGAUUAGCAAUAAGGAACAUUGUUGUGCCUCUGUAAUUACAUAAUCUUCAAAAAGCUAAUAUGGGGCAUUAUCUAUGAAAAGGGACCUUAUUGUCGAUGGCGC